UUGCAUUGACCGGCAGAAUUAUAGUCAGUUAGUCAUCUUACUUAGAUCCAAUAUGUUGAACUUAUCUUAUAUAAGUUUUACCAUUUCUUGUUUCUUGUUUUCUGCCGAGAAUAGUGCUGCAAACCCUCAUAGGCUUGGUGCUUGCAAGCCAACUAAUGGAGUCGAGAACAUUCUGCGACAUAUGUCAGCUGAAUCGGUCAGGAAGCGGGUCGACUGCGCUGUCGGGAUCGGGAGAUGCGACAGUAUCGGGAAAAAAUUGAAAGAAGAGGGACCAAAAGCCUUGCAAGCAGCAAAAUGCGGAAAUAAUUGUACCUGUGAAGAGAAAAGACUAAGAAGGCUGGUCAACAUGAUGAAGAGGAAACACCCAGAACAAUGGAGACGGAUAGAAGAAUAUUUUAAUUUGUAAUUGUUAAUUC